CAAGUGCGCGGGUUAGAGCUCUCUAACAGCAGCAGGAGUCAGCAGGGUCUGUCUCCAUCCCCUCACAGUGUGGCUCUUGGCCUCGUGAGGAGAAGGAACAGUGAAGCACAGAGCUCAGCAAAGAAGCAUAAAGCAAGGAGUGAAGUUGUGAGUGAAGAGGACACGGCCUCCUUUUCCCAGUCUCCAUCCAUGCCGGUGGCUGUGUGAAGGUUCCUCUAUCGGGAUGUCUCUCAAAGUGUCUGGGAGCACUACAGCAAGAUGGCCUGAUGGUGGAGAGAAUGGCAUCGAAGGGGGCGUUUUGGUGCGGAUCGCCAGCUUGCCAACUGACCUGUUUGCUGCCGGUAACUUUCGGGGAAAAUUUAAAAAGAUCCAUGGCAAGAAGAGGCCCACCAUCCUUAAAGCAGCACCAGCUGGAAACAACAAGCCCCCUGCCCCCCCAGCAAGCGGUGCUCAAGGAGACAGGAGAGCCCCGACAACUAUGGCGGCCAUCAGCGUUGACCCCGAGACCCGGCCGGGCGAGUAUAUCCUCAAGAGUCUAUUUGCCAAUUUCACCACGCUGACAGAACGUAAGAUACGGAUUGUCAUGGCGGAGCCACUGGAGAAGCCACUAACAAAGUCCCUGCAGAGAGGGGAGGACCCACAGUUUGAUCAACUGGUCAGCGCCAUGAGCUCACUGGCCGAGUACUGCCUGCCCUCCAUCCUGCGGACCCUCUUUGACUGGUACCGAAGACAGAACGGCCUUGAGGAUGAGUCUCACCAGUACCGUCCCAGAGCCAACACCAAGUCCAAAAACGAUGAGCAGCAGAAGGAUUACUUACUCGAAAGAAGGGACCUCGCUAUCGAUUUUAUAUUCUCUAUAGUACUGAUAGAAGUCUUAAAGCAGAUUCCCCUUCAUCCACUUAUGGAUAACCUCAUCCAGGAAGUCAUCAAUGUGGCAUUCAGACACUUCAAAUACAAAGAGGGGUACCUUGGGCCUAACACUGCCAAUAUGCACAUUGUGGCAGACUUGUACGCAGAGGUGCUGGGUGUUGUGGCCCAGUCCAGGUUUCCUGCUGUGAAAAAGAGGUUCAUGGCAGAAUUAAAGGAGCUUCGUCAGAAGGAGCAGAGCCCCACUGUGGUCCAAAGCACCAUCAGUCUCAUUAUGGGUGUCAAGUUUUUCAGAAUUAAGAUGUAUCCCGUUGAGGACUUUGAGGCUUCCUUCCAGUUCAUGCAGGAGUGUGCACAAUACUUCCUGGAGGUAAAAGACAAGGACAUCAAACACUCGCUAGCAGGGCUCUUUGUCGAAAUCCUUUUACCUGUGGCUGCGACUGUGAAAAAUGAAGUAAAUGUGCCAUGUUUGAGGAAUUUUGUAGAGAGCCUCUAUGACACAACCCUUGACUUGUCAUCCAGGAAGAAGCACUCUCUUGCUCUGUACCCACUGGUGACCUGUCUAUUGUGUGUCAGCCAGAAACAGGUUUUUCUCAGUCGAUGGCAUGUCUUCCUCAACAACUGCCUCUCCAAUCUGAAGAAUAAGGACCCCAAAAUGGCACGAGUGGCCCUGGAGUCAUUGUAUCGCCUGCUCUGGGUCUAUAUGAUCCGGAUAAAGUGUGAGAGCAACACAGCCACACAGAGUCGCCUCAAUAGCAUUGUGACUACCUUGUUUCCUAAGGGGUCUCGCAGUGUGGUACCCCGCGACAUGCCCCUCAAUAUCUUCGUCAAGAUCAUCCAGUUCAUCGCCCAGGAAAGGCUUGACUUUGCAAUGAAGGAGAUCAUCUUUGACCUACUAUCUGUUGGCAAACCAGCAAAAGCUUUCAGCCUUAAUCCAGAGAGGAUGAACAUUGGCCUCCGGGCCUUCCUGGUGAUUGCCGACAGCUUGCAGCAGAAGGACGGAGAGCCACCUAUGCCCAACACAGGUGCCACACUGCCUUCAGGCAACACUCUGAAGAAGAAGAAGACCUACCUAAGCAAAACCCUCACAGAGGAGCAGGCUAAGCUUAUUGGUAUGGGCCUGUACUACUCGCAGGUGCGAAAAGCCAUCGACAGCAUACUGCGGCACUUGGACAAGGAGGUGGGCCGCAGCAUGAUGCUGACAAAUGUGCAGAUGCUGAACAAGGAGCCUGAAGACAUGAUCACAGGAGAGAGGAAGCCAAAGAUUGAUCUCUUCAGGACGUGUGUGGCCUCCAUUCCACGCAUCCUUCCAGAUGGCAUGUCCAAGCUGGAGCUAAUUGACCUGUUAUCGCGACUGACCAUCCACAUGGAUGACGAGUUGAGGCUGAUCGCCCAGAACUCCCUGCAGAGUCUGCUGCUGGAUGUCCCAGAGUGGAGGGAAGAUGUGCUCUUCGGCUUCACGGGCUUCCUGUUGCGAGAGGUGCAAGAUACCCAGCCGGCUCUGUUGGCCUCUACCCUCAAGCUGCUUCUGCAGCUGCUUGCACAGUGGAGGCUGGCACUACACUCCUCCGGGAAGGCUCGUGGUACUGAGGGUGGCCAUCGAACUCCAGCUGAACGUGGUCCCCACAGUGCCGUGCUACAUGCGGUGGAGGGCCUGGCGCUGGUACUGCUUUGCUCCUGUCGGACUGGCACCCGAAAGCUGGCUGUUGCAGUCCUUCGCGAGGUCCGCUGCCUCUUUGCCGCCAUUGGGCAGGCCGAGGAUGAUGAUAAGCCUGUGAUUGAGGUCAUGGACCAACUGAGCUCGUCAGUUCUUGAGAGCUUCGCUCAUGUCGCAGCAUCCAACUCGGCAAGCCUUCCACUGGGCCAUCAUGUGGACCUGCAGUGGCUGGUAGAGUGGAGUGCUGUGCUGGUCAGCAGCCCCUAUGAUGUGAAGAGUCCUUCCUAUGUGUGGAUCUUUGCCCAGUCGAUGAAGGAUCCCUGGGUGCUGUGUCUACACAGCUUCUUGCGCCAGGAGAACCUGCCCCGGCACUGCCCCACGGCACUUAGCUACGCCUGGCCCUACGCCUUCACCCGCCUCCAGCUACUCCUGCCCCUGGUAGACCCCAAUAGCCCUGUGAAUGCCAAGCGCGCAAGCACAGCAAGCAGCGGCAGUGACAGCUACGUGACCUUGUGGCGGAACUACCUGAUCCUCUGCCUUGGUGUAGCCAAGCCCAGUAUUAUGAGCUCGGGUCACCUGCGUGCUUCCACACCCGAGAUCACGGCCACCACGCCCGAUGGCAGUCUCAGCUACGACAACAAAGUGAUAGGGACCCCAUCUGUAGCCUGGCUCCUCAAGCAGCUAGUGCCUCUAAUGAGGGUGGAGAGCAUCGAAGUCACAGAGUCCCUGGUUUUGGGCUUCGGCUGCACCAACUCCCUGGUCUUCAGGGAGCUCGUGGAGGAGCUACACCCUUUAAUGAAGGAGGCAUUGGAGAGAAGGCCAGAGAACAAGAAGAGGCGAGAGCGACGGGAUCUGCUGCGGUUGCAGCUGCUGCGCAUUUUUGAGCUGCUGGCAGAUGCUGGGGUCAUCAGUGACAGCACCAAUGGGGCGCUAGAGCGGGACACCUUGGCUCUUGGGGCCCUCUUCUUGGAGUAUGUGGAUCUGACGCGGAUGCUCCUAGAGGCUGAGAAUGACAAGGAUGUAGAGAUCCUUAAAGACAUCCGGGCCCACUUCAGUGGCAUGGUGGCAAACCUCAUCCAGUGUGUCCCUGUCCACCACCGCCGGUUCCUCUUCCCCCAGUCGAGCUUGCGACACCACCUCUUCAUCCUGUUCUCUCAGUGGGCAGGGCCCUUCAGCGUCAUGUUUACCCCACUUGACCGCUACAGCGACCGCAACCACCAGAUCACCCGCUACCAGUACUGCGCCCUCAAGGCCAUGUCCUCCGUGCUCUGCUGUGGACCAGUGUUUGAUAACGUGGGCCUCUCCCCAGACGGCUACCUCUACAAGUGGCUGGACAACAUCCUAGCCUGCCACGACCUGCGGGUUCACCGGCUGGGCUGUGAAGUAGUGAUUCUGCUGCUGGAGCUCAACCCGGACCAGGUGAACCUCUUUAACUGGGCUGUGGAUCGCUGCUUCACCGGGUCCUACCAGUUGGCCUCGGGAUGCUUUAAGGCCAUUGCCACGGUCUGUGGGAGCAGCAGGAACUAUCCCUGUGAUAUAGUGACCCUGCUGAACUUAGUGCUUUUCAAGUCCUCGGACACAAACAGGGAAAUCUAUGAGAUUUCAAUGCAGCUGAUGCAGAUCCUAGAGGCCAAGCUCUCAGUGUACUCCAAAAGAAUCAUGGAGCAGCGGUCCAACAGCGUCCUGUACGGUGCACAUGGCCCUCUUCCCCCACUUUACAGCGUCUCACUGUCGCAGCUUUCCAACCAGCUGGCCAGAAUGUACCCCCAGCUCACACUCCCUCUUUUCUCAGAGGUCAGCCAGAGGUUCCCCACCACCCACCCCAAUGGGCGACAGGUCAUGCUCACCUACCUGUUACCCUGGUUGCACAACAUUGAGUUGGUGGACAGUGGGCUCCUGCCCACCUCCAGCCCUUGUACUCCAGAGGAGGAAGCUCAAGAGAGGACCAGCAGCUUGGGACUGGCCCACUGGCUUAAGGGCAGCGGUUGGGGGUCCCUGCAGGCCACCUCACUGGUGCUUAACAACCUCAUGUUUAUGACUGCCAAGUACGGCGAUGAGGCACCUGGUCCGGAGAUGGAGAAUGCGUGGAAUGCACUAGUCAGCAAUGACACAUGGAGCAACAACUUGCGUACCACACUGCAGUUCCUCACCAGUCUGUGUGGCGUCAGCAGUGAUACUAUGCUUCUGCCCCAUAUUAAGAAAGUGGUGAUCUACCUAUGCCGGAACAACACCAUCCAGACUAUGGAGGAGUUGCUGUUUGAGCUCCAGCAGACAGACCCCGUCAACCCAGUCGUGCUGCAUUGUGACAACCCGCCCUUCUACCGGUUUGCCGCUAGCAACAAGGCCUCUGCAGCAGCCUCGGGCACAACAUCCAGCAGUAACACGGUGGUGGCUGGCCAGGAGAGCCUACCUGACACGGACGAAACCAAAAUGGGCCGGGAGAUGGACGAACGACAUAGCAAUGUGGUCAAGGCUCACAAUAGACUGGAGUCGCGCAACAGCAACAGCUCUGGAGGAUCUUAUGAUGAGGACAGAAGUGACCCAUUGCCACCCUAUGCAGGUUGGCUAAUAAAUGUGCUGGAGACCAAUCAGCCCCAGCCUUUGCCCAUGCCAACCAAUGGUGGCUGUUGGGCACCGCUGGUGGACUACCUUCCUGAGACCAUCACACCACGAGGCCCCCUUCACAGGUGUAACAUUGCCGUGAUCUUCAUGACAGAGUUGGUGGUGGACCACAGUGUGCGGGAGGACUGGGCCCUGCACCUCCCGCUGCUGCUGCACGCUCUCUUCCUAGGCCUGGAUCACUACCGACCAGAGGUUUUCGAACACAGCAAACGCCUCCUUCUGCAUCUCCUCAUCACCCUUUCCUGCAACAACAACUUCCAGGUCAUUGCCUCUGUUCUGCUGCUCACCAGGGAGAUGAGUGGAAGCAAGACUCUCACUGUCAAACCCAGCUAUCAGCCUGAAUACCUGUAUACAGGUGGCUUUGACUUCUUGCGGGAGUGCCAAGCUUCCCCAGCAGUGGACUCUGGCUUGAGCUCAUCAUCCACCUCAUCUAGCCUGAGCCUGGGUGGCAGCAGCAAUGGAGUCCUGCCACAGAUCUCAUCCGACCUGGAGGAGCUGGAUGAAUCCUCUGCUGAGUCCAGCGAGAAGACCAGCAAACUCAUAGAGUUCCUCACCACCAGGACAUUCGGGCCACUGUGGUGCCAUGAGGACAUCACACCUCGGAAUCCCAACCCGAAGAGUGCAGAGCAGUUAGCCAACUUUUUGCGUCACGUGGUAUCUGUAUUCAAGGAAUCCAAGUCAGACUUCCACCUGGAGCAACAGCUUAGCGAUGUAGCGCUCCAGACAGCCCUGUGCAGCUCCUCGCGCCACUACGCAGGCCGUUCCUUCCAGAUCUUCCGGGGCCUACGGCAGCCUCUGUCAGCCCACGGCAUGUCGGACCUGCUGUCCCGACUGAUGGAGGUGGUAGGGGAACAUGGGGAUGAAGUGCAGGGCUACGUGAUGGAGAUCCUGCUCACGCUGGAGGCCGUUGUGGACAACCUGGCAGAGUGUCUGAAUAACAACGAGCUGCUGAUUGUUUUAACAAGGGCAUCCUCGCCCGACUUCCAGGCAAGUGGGAAGCUGAGAUCCAACAGGAAGAGUACGGGGCAGCUGAACUUGCUCCAGGGUGGGAGCACCGCUGAGCGUAGCCGGCACCAGCGCAGCUACUCUGUACCCAAGAAAUUUGGAGAGAGCGGAGAGCACUCAGCAUCCGACCCACCUCGUAGUGCUACACUGGAUCGUAUACAAGCCUGUACACAGCCUGGGGUGAGUGCUGGCCUGGUGGGGUCACCUCGAAGCUCGUCCUCUUCCACCUCAUCUAGGGAGGAGGCCGCUGUAGCUGCUGCUCGAGACCCUAACAAUGCCAACCACCCAGCCAACCUGCUGGCCACAGUCUUCUGGGUGGCGGUGUCAUUGAUGGAGUCAGACUUUGAGUUUGAGUACCAGAUGGCCCUGCGACUAGUACAUAAACUUCUGGCCCGAGUGCCUCUGGACCGACCAGAGAACCGGGAUCGAUUGGAGAAACUCCAGGCACAACUACGCUGGAGUGGCUUUGCGGGCCUCCAGCAGCUACUUCUUAAAGGGUUUACCUCAACGGCCACAGCUGACCUCACGCUGCAGCUCUUCUGCCAGUUGACACCAGUGUCCCGCAUACCUGUGGUGGAUACCUCUCAGGCCAUCGGUUUCCCACUCAAUGUGUUGUGCCUGCUGCCCCACCUGGUCCAACACUUUGACAGUCCCACCCAGUUCUGCAGGGAAAGUGCUGAGAGGAUUGCACAGGUGUGUCUGGAGGAGAAGAACACCAAAUUGUCACACCUGGCGCAUGUGAUGACCUUAUACAAGAAUCGCUCAUACACUCGUGACCCUUUCUCUUGGGUCAGCGUGGUGUGCCGGUUUCUGCAUGAGGCUUUCUCUGACAUCACCCUCAACAUGGUCACCUACAUGGCAGAGUUGCUGGAGAAGGGACUUCCCAGCAUGCAACAGUCCCUUCUGCAGAUCAUCUACAGUCUUUUGACCCACAUGGACCUCACUGGAGUCCAAUUCAAGCCCUUCAAUGUGGAGGUGCUCAAGACUAUUGAGAACUUUGUCCAGACUGUACACUGGAAGGAGGCCCUCAAUAUUUUAAAGCUGGUGGUAUCUCGCUCGGCCAGUCUGGUCCUUCCAUCCUACACCCACGGCGAAUUGACACGUAUGGAGGUCAAUCGCGUGUGGGAUGGCUCUUCUAAAGUCCUGCCAGGGAAGACGCUGGAUUUCCACUUCGAUAUCUCUGAGACACCUGUGAUUGGAAGGAGGUUUGAUGAGCUGCAGAGCUCAGCUGGGCGGGAUGGAAAGGCCCGGGCCAUUGCAGUGACCCGCAGCACCUCCUCCACUUCCUCAGGGUCCAACUCCAACAGUGUAUUAGUGCCCGUUAGCUGGAAACGACCACAGUUAUCUCAGAAGCGGACACGAGAGAAGCUAGCGAAUGUGCUGUCGCUGUGCGGGCAGGAAGUGGGGCUCAGCAAAAACCCAUCAGUGAUCUUCUCGUCCUGCGGAGACCUGGACUUGAUGGAGCACCUUCCUAGCCAGGUACCCUCAGAGGAUGGCGGCAGAGAUCAGGACAACAUGGAUGACACUGCUUCUGAGCAGCAGUUCCGUGUCUUCCGGGACUUUGACUUCCUGGAUGUGGAACUGGAGGAUGGAGAGGAGCUCCAGGGUGAGAGUGUGGACAACUUCAACUGGGGUGUGCGGCGGCGCUCACUGGAUGGUGGGGACCUGCAAGGCCUCCUGGAGGAACCCCAGGUAGAGGGUAGCCCCCCUGGCCGAGGGGAGGGUCCUCGCGAGGACUCUGAUGAGUCAUCGGAGGAGGAGUCUCUUUCCACCAGCCAGAUCCUGUCACGCUCACAACUCACAAUGAACCUGUCUCCUUCCGAGGAGACCACCAACACAAGCUCCCUGUCCCCCUCACUGGACACCACGUCAGCUGACCCACUAUCCUUGAAUACUGGGACCCCCAGUAUUGAGGUUUCCUUGGCUGAGGACCCCAGACAGCAGGCUGAGGUUUCAGCAGAUGAUGAAGACAGCAAUGUCCAAGAUGAUGACCUGUCACUGUCUGUCAGUGAGCCUCCGCCUGGCUUUGAGGGAAGUGACAGCUUUGCACUGGACAAGGAGCCAUGCGGAGACCGAGGGGUGGCGGAUGUGGACCUCAGCCUGGCGGAGGGCAAAGAUGAACUACUUGACUCAAGUGCCUCGCCCUUGCCCUCGCCCUUCUUCUCUGCCAUCCUGGCUGCGUUCCAGCCGGCCGCAUGCGAUGACGCCGAGGAGGCCUGGCGCUGCCACAUCAACCGCCUCGUGUCUGACUCAGAUGGUUCUUGCGCAGUCUACACCUUUCAUGUCUUCUCCUCGCUUUUUCAGUAUAUUCAGAACAAAGUCUGCACUCUGACACGCGAUGCUGCUGGCUACCUUGGAGAUGGACUUCGAGGCAUAGGGUCAAAGUUUGUGAGUUCGUCCCACAUGCUGACAUCCUGCUCUGAGUGUCCAACUCUCUUCGUUGACGCCGAUACGAUCAUCUCCUAUGGUUUGCUGGAGAAGAUGAAGUUCAGCGUGCUAGAGCUUCAGGAGUACCUAGACACGUACAACAACCGAGAAGAGGCCGCCGUCUCGUGGCUGCGGAACUGCAAAGCCACCUUUCCCCAAGGCCCAGGAGAUGGCGUGAUCACUAGUCAGCCAGGCGAUACUGAAGAAAAGCAAAUGGAAUCUCUUGCCCAACUGGAGCUCUGCCAGCGGCUCUACAAGCUCCACUUCCAGCUGUUGCUCCUCUUCCAGUCUUACUGUAAGCUGAUUGGCCAGGUGCAUGCCAUCAGCACCGUGCCGGAGCUGCUGAACAUGUCCCGGGAACUCAGUGAACUGAGGACCAGCCUCAGGGUGGCAGCUGCUUCAGCGGAGGCCCAGGUGGACCACGCAAGCAGUCUAGAGUUCGACUCCUCUGAGGCUGCCGUGCAGGCAGUGCUGGAGUGUCUGCGGAGCAGCCAGUUGGCCACCGCGAUCCGGCAUAUCCGCCAGUGCAGGACUGUUUGGCCAAACGACAUUUUCGGCAGCAGCUCAGAAGAUGAGGUCCAGACACUUCUGAACAUCUACUUCCGGCAUCAGACUCUGGGCCAAACAGGCACGUUCGCCCUGGUGGGCUCUCGGCAGGACCUGACUCAGAUCUGCGUUCAGCUCAUGGAGCUCAACGGGGAAAUCCGAGACAUGAUCCGUCGGGCUCAGAGCUAUCGGGUCGUCUCAGCCUUCCUCCCAGAUUCUGGCACAUCGAGCACAAGCCUUUGAAAGGAAGAAGCGGUGUGCCUCGUGCCAGCCCCCUCUCAUCUGGGGAGGUUGUCAUUGCUGUCACACCAAAAGUUUGCCAAUUGCGUGAAGAAGCUGGGUGACGCUACCCAGUCUUCAGUCCGCUGUGGCAAGGGAUUAGGCCAGUGUGAAGAGGUGUUUCUGCUCCUUUUCUGUGUUGCUGGACUGGGGAGCAGCAUAGCGAAAUGAUGUACUUAAGAGUCACUUGACUAAAAAUAAGAUAUUUAAUAUUAAGGAGAUUCAGACAGCAAACUCCACAAUCAUGAGGGAUGAGGACAGCAAUGUGGGCCAACAAUGUACUUGAACACUUCAACAGACAUUAUACCAAAGUUACGGCGGCUUAUUUUACUUGUGCAGAUGGAUGCUGUUUUAAACUACUUCGGGAGAAAUGUGCAAUGAUUCACUCAGUUGAAUGCCUUUCAGCGUGGUCGAAAAGCAUGUUUGGAACUCUUAAGUUUGGUUACUUGAAUGUGUGCAAAGAUGACUGGUGAGAUUACAUAGGAUAUGUUGCUGUUACUUAUAAAAACCUGUGCACAUGUGAAUCGGUUUGUGCCAAGAGUAUUGUCUGCUGUACACAUUUCUUCACAUACAUCUUAAACUACUUAAAGCAACUGCUUCUCAAACUGGGUACUGGCAAUGGCCAUUUGGUCACUUAGUGGAGCGAUCCUAAAAUUUUUGUAUUGUAGUGUUUGCCUUCUACCGUGUAUGAGUUCUGUUAUCAGAAAAACCUACAUCCAUUAGUUUCAUAGAAUGAAACUAAUGGCUAAGCAUCAUGUGGUUAGGAAUUGAAUUCAUUUUGUAUGUAAAACCUGGAGCUUAGCUCACAUGGAUUUCAUACUUGUAAAAUCCAUUUUUGAUUUCCUGUUGUGAAUGUUUUUACCCUGCAAGUAUCAUUACAUGCAAUGUGGUAGAAUUCCCUUUUAAACCCAUCUCUUGAGUUCAGCCAUACAGUGCAAUGACUUUCAGUCAACACCUUGUAAUCAAGCACUGUUAAAGUACAGUUGUAGGUCCCUGCUUUAGAGUGUCUUUACUAGUGGAAGACAAGGAAAAGACUGCUUUCUUUACCUAUUGUGUUUCACCUCUCUGAGGACUGAGGGGGUGGGUAUAUAUGGCCAAGCCUGAUCUUACCAUCGCCGGUUGAGGAAUUUCAGUACAGCUCUGCAAUCAUUAAAAGGGACACCACUUAAA